AUGGCCACAGCUGGUAAGGUCAUCAAGUGCAAGGCUGCAGUGGCUUGGGAAUCCAGCAAGCCUCUGGUGAUUGAAGAAAUAGAGGUAGCCCCACCCCAGGCCAAUGAGGUCCGCAUUAAGAUUGUGGCAACAUCUCUGUGCCAUUCAGACCUGUACUUCCUUUAUGAGAGUCUGGACAAAUCGCUCUUCCCAACCGUCUUGGGUCAUGAGGCAGCUGGCAUUGUAGAGAGUGUUGGGCCAGGAGUCAAGGAAUUUCAGCCAGGAGACAAGGUAAUUCCUCUUUUCCUACUCGAAUGUGGAGAAUGUCGCUUCUGUAAGAGUCCGAAGACCAACCGGUGUGAAGUAGGAAUCACAGAACAUUCCAGGCUUACCUGUAAGGGGCAGAAACUGCAGCAAUUUAUGGGAACUGGGACCUUCUCUGAGUACAUUGUGAUGAACCAGAUGGCUGUGGCUAAAAUCGACUCUGCUGCUCCUCUGGAUAAAGUCUGCCUCCUUGGGUGUGGGGUCUGCACUGGAUAUGGGGCAGCUGUUAAUACUGCUAAGGUUGAGCCAGGCUCCACCUGUGCCGUGUUUGGUCUGGGAGCUGUGGGUUUGGCUGCAGUCAUGGGAUGCAAGGCUGCAGGAGCCAAAAGGAUUAUUGCCGUCGACAUCAAUCCAGACAAGUUUGAGAAAGCCAAAGUGUUUGGUGCUACUGACUUCGUCAAUCCCAAGGAUCACAAUAAACCCAUCAGCCAAGUGCUGAUGGAGAUGACUGGUGGAGGUGUUGACUACUCCCUGGAAUGUAUUGGGAAUGUGGAAUGCAUGCGCAGUGCUUUGGAGUCUUGUGUGGCAGGCUGGGGCAUUAGUGUGAUUGUUGGAUGGACAGACUUGCAUGACGUAGCCACCCGACCUAUUAACCUCAUGUUGGGACGUACAUGGACUGGGUGCUUGUUUGGAGGAUUUAAGGGUAAGGAUGGCGUUCCUAGGAUGGUUAAAGCAUAUCUGGACAAGAAGGUGAAGCUGGACGAGUUCAUUACUCACAACAUGACUCUGGACCAGGUCAACGACGCCAUUGAGCUGUUGAAGAACGGCAAAAGUAUCCGCACAGUCAUGAGAUUUUCUCCACAAUAAUGCUGCUGUGCUGCCUUGAAUAACACUAAAGUUACUACCAGC